AGAUGCCUCGCUCCUUAAGAGAUUGGUUCAAAGAUUACAGGUUAGAGCGACGCAGUCACAAAAAACGAGUGGUCACCAAAGAUGGCCGCUGUAACAUCAAGUUCGGCAAUGUGAUGCACAGAAACCGAUUCACCUAUGUCCUCGACUUCUGGACUACCUUCGUGGAGACCCGAUGGCGGUUCAUCCUCUUCUAUUUUGUGGCGUCCUACACUCUUAGCUGGUUCAUCUUUGGACUCUUGUGGUACUGGUUAGCAAGAAGCAAUGGUGACCUGUUGUGGCAGAAUCCAACACCGGAUCAUACACCUUGUGCUUACAGCCUUAAUGAUAUGACUUAUGCCUUCCUCUACUCGUUGGAGACCCAAGGCACAGUUGGGUAUGGCAAUGUGUAUGUCACUGAUCAAUGUCCUGGAGGUGUGGCUCUGAUUAUAAUCCAGAUGAUCAUAGGACUCUUUAUCCGUAUCUUCUGGGGUGGUAUAGUUAUAACCAAAAUGACCCUUCCAAAAAAGAGAGCCAAAACCAUCACCUUCAGCAAAUUCGCUGUCAUCUGCCCUAAAAAAGGCACUCUUUGCCUUCAAAUCCGUGUCGCCAACCUGCGUAAGACCUUAAUGAUCGGCAGUCAGAUUUAUGGGAAGCUUCUGAGGACAACAGUCACUGGAGGUGAGACCAAUAUCCUGGACCAGGUCAGCAUUGAAUUCAUGGUGGAUGCUGGGAAGGACAAUCUGUUUUUCGUGUGUCCUUUAACCCUGUACCACAUCAUUGACAAAAGCAGCCCAUUUUUCGACAUGGCUGUGGACACUAUACAUCAGCAGGACUUUGAGCUUGUGGUUUUCCUGGAUGGCAUGGCCGAAACCACCAGCUCCUCCUGCCAGGUCAGGACUUCGUACAUCCCUCAAGAGAUCAUGUGGGGCUAUGACUUUCUCCCGAUCAUCUCCCGCAGCAAAGAGGGAAAAUACAGAGUGGACUUUUCCAACUUUGCUAAAGUGGUGCCUGUUCCUACCGCACAUUGCUCCCACUGCUACCACAAUGAGCCUGGAAACCAUCUCCAUCUCAAGGGCAUUGACAACAAGAGUUUUGAGGUGACUGACAUGGAGCUUCCCAACGGCACCAACAUGUAAUGCUUUUUGACUGACUGGUCAACAUCUUGCACUAUGCUGGAAACAUUGAACACUAUGUCACAAUCCCAGUUUCAUCCCUUAGUGCUUCCCCUACCCCUCAUUUUGCGCAUUCACGUGAAGGCAUAGGGGUGUCCCAAUUCUCUUUAGCUUGAAGGCAUAGGGCUAAGGGGAAAAGCUAGAUAGCCCUUGAAAUGGAGAUAAUCCAGUAGCACACUAGAAAUCAAAGGGUACGAAAUUUUCCCAUAACACUGCAGCUACAACAACAACAUGGCUGCACACAUCAAGAGAUUCACAAAUUUAAGUAUUUUCAGGCAUUAUUAAGAAUUAUUGCAACAAACAAGCAUAUGUUUUAAUACAAUUAUUACGGCGAUCAAGUUUUGCUUCAUGAAGCCUUGCUUCAAAAAAUAUAUUAAAAAUAUAUUCCAUAAUAAUAACUCCUGUAUAGUCAUCUGUCACUCGAUGACUCUUGAAUACCCUGUCAGAAAAGUCUAGUGGCUGGAAUUACCUUUUUACAGUGUCUGGUGUUGUUUUGUUGUGUUUGCAUAGAUGAAUAUGGCCAUGGUGUAAAUGCACAGUACAGUUAUGAGAUUAUUGCCACAUUAUAUCAUUAUGAUAACGUGAUAUUAUGUGAUAUUGUUGCCUUCUGUGAUUUACUUGAAGACAAAUACCAAAAAAACGCAACUGGAAUAACUACAGCAGUCGCCAUCAUCGAUCUCAUAUAGUAUAAAGUAAGAGCUUGUGAUGGCAUAUGGUAACGUGUGCUGGUGUUUUGUAGUGCUGUGCCAUUUUUUAAUGGUAAAUUUAAAGCCCUCCCACCUCGCACACUCUUUCAAGAGCCAAG